AAUAUUUAAGGCCACUGAAGCCAAUAAUUUACGAAUUAAACUGUAUCUGACCCAACAAAGGGUUUGUUAAUCAAAAAAUGGUUCCAUUUGAUUUGGAUAAAAUGAUUGAAAUUGCAAAACAAUGUAAAUACCUACCCGAGUAUGAUCUGAAAAGAUUAUGCGAUUAUGUGUGUGAUUUGUUAUUGGAAGAGUCAAAUGUACAGCCAGUCUCAACACCUGUAACUGUCUGUGGAGAUAUUCACGGACAGUUCUAUGACCUUCUUGAGCUUUUUAAAACUGGGGGUGAAGUCCCAGACACAAACUAUAUUUUCAUGGGUGACUUUGUUGAUAGGGGUUACUACAGUUUGGAAACUUUGACAUAUUUACUUACCAUUAAGGCAAAAUACCCAAACAAGAUCACUUUACUACGUGGAAACCAUGAGAGCAGGCAAAUCACGCAAGUAUAUGGCUUCUAUGAUGAAUGCCAGACGAAGUAUGGGAAUGCAAAUGCGUGGCGUUAUUGCACAAAAGUAUUUGAUCUUCUAACCAUUGCAGCAAUAAUUGAUUCAACAAUACUUUGUGUACAUGGUGGCCUAUCUCCAGAUGUAAAAACUCUGGACCAGAUACGCACGAUUGAUCGGCAGCAGGAGAUUCCUCAUAAAGGAGCAUUCUGUGACCUUGUGUGGUCGGACCCAGAAGACGUAGAUACAUGGGCUAUAUCUCCAAGGGGUGCUGGGUGGUUGUUUGGAGCAAAAGUCACAAAUGAGUUUGUUCAUCUGAACAAUCUUACCCUCAUAUGUAGAGCUCACCAGCUUGUCCAUGAAGGUUUUAAAUACAUGUUUGGUGAAAAGCUAGUAACCGUGUGGUCAGCACCCAACUAUUGCUACCGAUGUGGUAACAUUGCUGCUAUACUCGUUGUACGAUCAAAGGAAGAUAGAGAAGCCAAACUCUUCUGCGCUGUCCCUGAUAAUCUUAGAGUGAUACCUGAACGCACGGCAACUCCAUAUUUUCUCUAAUAUAUUUUUCCUGUUUAUUGUUUAUUUAUAGUUGGCCAACGUAGAUUGGCGAAUAUGAGAAUGUCACAUUAGUUGCUGAAUAUAAUGCUUAGUUCCACAGCUUGGGUAUUGUUGGGUUUGUAAUAGAAAAAAAACAUUAUUUAUUUAUGUUGUUUGUGACAAAUCGACAUUUUAGACCACACAUACAGAAACUUAUACUGUACUACUUAUAUAGCCACAUUAUAUGCCAGUUUAAAGAGUAAAAAACAGAAAAUUUAUGAGUACUAUGAGAUUCAGUUUAACAAUUGUUUUACUUCGUCUGUCAAAUUCAAAACAACUUUUAUUUUAUUGAAAGUUGUUUUAAUUUGUUUGUUAAUAUUUUUAAAGAUUUUGUCAGUUCAAUGCACUGUUCUUUGUCACUUACUAGCUGUGUUCUUGCUUUAUUGUGUUAUAAAUUGUAACUUUACCAUUGAAAACACCCACUAACCAUGCUAAACUGUUGUAUCUUUCUCGUUUAUUCAGCUGAUGCAUUUUUAGUUCCAUAAGAGUGGGUGUUCGUGAAGGUUUUGGCUGUGUCCUACUUACCAUACAUUAAAAUGGAUCCUCAUUUCUUUAAAAAAAUGUAAAUCAUAAUUAAUUGCAUGAAUUAAAGAAUGUAACAAAAUUUCUGUUUUUCAUACUCUCGUCUUUUCCCCACCAGUUUUACAACCUUUAUAGAGCUGUCAUGACUAAUUACUGCUUCAAUGAAAACCUUUUAAUUAUUUUUAAAUAUUUUACAACAGAGCUUGUUCGAAGUACUGUCAUUAGUUCAUCAACAAACACACUUUGCAUAGCUUUUGUUUUACCCAUAUAAAGUAAACAUACCAAACUUGGUUCGAAUUCUAGUUUCUUCCUUGUUUUUUGUUUUUUUUCCACUGUGUAGUUGUUUUUUUAAAUCCUAUGUCCUUCCAUAUGUUAUGCUUAAUAUGUAUCUUGAAAAGAUUUCUUUUAAAAUUGUUGUUAUUUGCAAAGCUUUUGUGGUUGAGGUAUUUGUAAAUUCCUUUUGCGCGCAAAGUAAUGGAACUUGGCACUUAAUAGUUUAAAGUUAAACAAUAAUAUAAACUACAAUGUACUGGGUUUGGAUAAUGAUUUUUGUCAACAAACAAACCACUGUACUAUAUUGGCAAAUGUAAUCAAGGUUUUGUUCUCUUCUGUGCAUUACUCUGCAUAAUCUUUGUUUUACCCUGUAUAUGUUAACUUAUGAAUCAUAAGCA